AUGGCCGAAGAAUCCGUCUCCAAGAAGCCUAGAAUCGGCGGUCCCCAGAUAGGGACACACAAUGGCCACUUCCACGCCGACGAAGCCCUCGCCGUCUACCUCCUCCGCCUCCUCCCAACAUACUCGCAAUCCCCCCUAAUCCGCACGCGCGACCCCGCCCUCCUCGCAACCUGCCACACCGUCGUCGACGUCGGCGGCGAGUACGACGCCGCGACAAACCGCUACGACCACCACCAGCGCACCUUCUCCACCACAUUCCCGGGCUACAACACGAAGCUGUCCUCCGCGGGUCUCGUCUACAUGCACUUUGGCCGCGACAUCAUUGCUCAACACACGAAGCUCCCCGCCGACCACGACAACGUCAACCUGCUGUACAAGAAGCUGUACACGGACUUUGUCGAGGCCGUCGAUGCAAACGAUAACGGUGUUUCAGUCUACGAGCCCGAGGCCGUCAAGAGUGCCGGACUCGAGAAACGCUUCCGCGAUGGCGGAGUCACGAUUGCUAGUAUCGUCAACGACAUGAACAACGGUGUCAUGCCCGGCGAGGAUUCGCUAAGCGAAGACGCCCUCUUUGAGAACGCGAGCACCUUCAUCGGCUCCGUCUUCCACCGCAAACUCAUCCUCGCCGCGGGCUCGUGGCUGCCCGCCCGCGAAACCGUCAAGGCCGCCUACGAGAACCGCAAGAACGUCCACGCCUCUGGCCGCAUCCUCGUUAUCGAGGCUGGUGGCGGCGUCCCGUGGAAGGAGCACCUGUAUAACUUUGAGAAGGAGGCUGCAACUGCGGGCGCCGGCGAGGACGCUGAGGUGUACUACGUGCUGUACCCGGAGAGCGCGACGGAGGGAGCCAAGUGGCGCAUUCAGGCUGUCUCUGUGAAUGAGGGGAGCUUUGUCUCGCGGCGGCCGUUGCCGGAGAGCUGGAGGGGUGUCCGCGACCAGGAUCUGGAUGGGGUGUUGAAGGCUCAGGGCGCUGGCGUUCCCGAGGGCGCGAUCUUUGUUCAUGCGAGUGGGUUUAUCGGUGGGCAUAAGACGAAAGAGGGCGCGUUUGCUAUGGCCCUCAAGGCGUUGGAGUAG